UCUUGGAGAUAGCAAAGGUUAGAGCCACAGUGUCCCAGGCUGUUGAGCGAGGCGUGGGAGACAGGCAGAGCUUUGGGGCUUCUGGGCCACUGUUGAGGUUGCCCUUAGGGAUGCCGUGCUGUCUGUUCACCCAUCUUGGCCUGAAUGGACCCUGAACAUGUUGUGGUACAGGGCUGCCCACUGAGCAGUGCCCCCUCCCUUUCAGUGUGGAUGACAUGGAUUCCUGUGAGGUCUUUUCUGCGUGAUCACCCCCCUCGCCCACCGUCACCAGCUGCCCUUGGCAAUGGACGCGGGCACCUCUGUGUACAGUCCCUCUUCCUUCAGCUACCUGUCCAGGUGUGAGACAGGGGAGCGGGCUGUUGAGACCUGGACAGCUGCUGCCCCCACAUCUGAAUGCUCUGCACAUGCACCACGGAGCCAGGAGGAGCCCACGGCAGAGGAGAGCCAGGCCCCAUUCAAGGAAGGCAGCCAGCAGCUCCAGAAGCAGCCGGUGGUGGGGCAAUGGGAGCCGCUGGCGUCGUCCGGGGGCGGGAAGGAGCUGGCGCCGGUGGAACCUCGCUGCCGGGAGGAUGACGACCAGUCCACCGCGCAGCUCAAUGUCUCCCGCCUGCGCAGCUCCUCGGUGGAGAUCCGCGAGAAGGGAUCGGAGUUCCUCAAGGAGGAGCUGCACCGAGCACAGAAGGAGCUGAAGCUGAAGGACGAGGAGUGUGAGAGGCUGUCGAAGGUCAGAGAGCAGCUGGAGCAGGAGCUGGAGGAGCUGACUGCCAGUCUGUUUGAGGAAGCGCACAAGAUGGUGCGAGAUGCAAACACGAAGCAGGCAGCGUCAGAGAAGCAGCUGAGGGAGGCACGAGGAAAGAUUGACAUGCUGCAGGCAGAGGUGACUGCUUUGAAGACUCUGGUGAUCACUUCCACCCCUUCCUCUCCCAACCGGGAGCUGCACCCCCAGCUCCAAAGCCCCUCCAAAACCGUCUUCAGGAAAGGGCACGGGCGGAACAAGAGCACCAGCAGCGCCGUAGUCACAGCCACCAGCCAGAGCCUACCCUUGGAGUCCGUCAGCCAUGAGUGCAAAGAGGUCGACUCCAUCCUGUACGCCGAGUUCCAGGCCUGGAAGGAAUCCCCGACUCUGGAGAAAUCCUGCUCCUUCCUGGAGAGGAUUUACCGGGAAGACGUGGGGCCCUGCCUGGACUUCACCAAACAGGAGCUCUCGGAGCUGGUGCGGGAGGCAGUGGAGCAGAACACGCUCACCAUAGAGCCUGUCGCUACCCAGGCACUGCCUGUGGUGAAGGUGUCAGCGAUGGAAUGUGGUGGACCAAACGGGUUCCGGUCACAAAUUGUCACGAAGUGUGCUCUGAGUGGCCUGUCCCGCGCCUGCAAACACCGCAUCAAGCUGGGGGAUUCUGGGAACUAUUAUUACAUCUCACCAUCCUGCAGGGCCAGGAUCACAGCCGUAUGCAACUUCUUCACCUACAUUCGCUACAUCCAGCAGGGCUUGGUGAGACAGGAUGCGGAGCUGAUGUACUGGGAAAUCAUGCGGCUCAGGAGGGAAAUGUCCAUGGCCAAGCUGGGCUUCUACCCCAGCACGAUGUAGGCGGGGCCUUGCAGUCUGAAGGGAGCCGCCCAGCGUGAACAUCGCAUACGCCAGCAGACAACCCGGGGGAGGUGGUGCCGACGGGUUCCCUCCUCCUCCUGGCCUGACAUGAACCACCGAGGGGAGGAGCAUGAGUUCCCUCGUCCAAAGGCCUCUGUGCUGCCCUUCUCGCAGUGACGAUGAGAUGCAGACACCCUCUCCUUUCCCCUUGCCCCCAGAGACGGGCUGGUCCUUUGAGCUCUGGGGAGCGGCCUGCUCUAAGUCCUGACCCGUUUCUCUAUGCUGCCUAUAGCCAGUUUUUAAAAUUUUAUAUAUGAUCUCGCUUCUGCAGUUUUUCUGAGACCUGCCAUGGAGGGGGAUGUCCUGGGCUCCCCUGUUUGGCACAGUGCCCUUCGGCAAUGGACUGCAGCUGGGCCCUCCCACUUCCACUCCUCUGCCUGAGUGAGGCAGGGGUGCAGGAUUGCCCAGCUGUGCCCUCAGCCCUUACGGGGGCCCCCUGCAAAUGCAUGUACCACACGAUAACCUCACUGAGAGCCAUGCAAAGCGUUUUCCAAGUGCUUCCCUGCUCCUCUGGCAGCUGCCCCGAGGAGCCUCUUUCCAUUGGCCCACUCACAACAAGAGGGGCUUUUCAGCUCAGGGUUUGGUUUUGUAAUCCAGCUCCGAGCUGCUGUGGGGAAAGCGCUACAGUGUAAACCAAAGCUUAGUGCCUGGGGCCUCGGCCGGCCGCAAAGCAAAUGGAAAUUGCAGAACAGGAAGCAGGCUAAGCGGCCUACAGCUGUGCUGAAGUUGGCUGCAGUAGGCUGCAGACGGUGUCUCCUCAUAUCCUCAUGAGGCAAUGGUGGCCUGCGAUGGUCACUUCAGGAAUGAGCACCUCUCCAUUGCUCUGCUAUAAGCCCCAGCCACAGAAAGAUGCUUGCUAGCCACUCCUGUUUCUAGCCAGCAGCCUCAGGCAUUCACCCUCCUGUUGUCCCAAUAUAAACUCCAGCCUGGGACUGUCGCCUCUCUGGCUCUCCUUAUAGCUUCCAACUCAGGCAGUCACUGCUCAGUGGCCACUCUGUGCUGCUCCAUUAGGACAUGUCUACACUGCAUUCGAGAGAGGAAUGAAAAUGCAGCCGAGCAAAAUUGCAAACGAAGUCCAGAUUUGAAUUUCCUGUGCUUCAUUUGCAUGAUUGCAUCCGGCCGCUUUUUCAAAAUACCCUAUUUCGAGAUAAAAAACGGUGUGUAGAUGGGGUUAUUUUGAAAGAAACCCCUUCUUUCAAAAUAAACGUUAAACCUCAUUUUUUUAGGAGUAAGGGUUACAGCCGGUCCCCAACUUACGAACAAGUUACGUACCAAACACUAAGUCGUAACCUGAUCUGUUCGUAAGUUGGAUUACAUUCACUUGCGUACAGCCGCACUGUUCGUAAGUGCGGAUUUCGUUCGUAACUCGGGGACCGGCUGUAUAAGAGGUUGGUCAUAAAUACGAACGGUUGUAAGUCAAUGUGUUCGUAACUUGGGGACUGGCUGUAUUUUGAAAGAAGGGGGUUCUUUCAAAAUAAUUGCGUCUACACAGUGUUUUUUAUCUCGAAAUAGGGUAUUUUGAAAAAGAUGUCCGGAUGCGAUCCUGCAAAUGAAGCAUGGGAAAUUCAAAUCCGCACUUCAUUUGCAAUUUUGCUCAGCUGCAUUUGCAUUCCUCUCAAAGGAGGAAUGCAGUUUAGACAUAACCUUACAGAUUAAGGCUAGAAGGGGACCAUUAGAGCAUCUACUCUGACUUCCUAUAUAACAGAGGCUGUAGAAUUUCAUCCAGUUACUCCUGUGUUGGACCCUAGCCUUGUCAGUGCUUCCUUAAUCAUCUCCCAGGUGCACAGCAGGGAGCCCUGAGACACCCCUGCAUGUAUGUGACAGCAUCUGGGGCUCUACCGCAGCUCACAUCUCCCCUCCCACUGUUAAUAAAGGAGUAUCCUGGGAGGGCCUGAUCCAAAGCUCAUUGAAGUCCUUGGACUCCCACUACAAGGCUUUCCAGCAGCUUGCCUUGGACUGUUUUUAUAAUGGAAUAAUUCACCUCAUCUACUGUUUCAUCUCAGCUGCCACAAUGUGCUGUUGCAUCAUCUCACGUGGCGCUGCAGGACUGCGCUUCUCUGUGCUGUAUCUCCUCUGCCAGCAGCAGGACCACAAUUCGGCCUGUUGGCAGCCAGACUCCGAUCCAGGAGAAGCUGCUACACAAGUAACCUGAUAACAUGCAAAGGAAAACUCUGUGCCUGUCUGGCCUUCCAUUCUGCUUUGCCGCUGUCUGGGAUGGGGGGCGGGAUAGGAGGGGAAAUGGCUGUAGAACAGUAGUCUCCAACCUUUUUACACCCAAGAUCACUUUUUAAAUGACAGACCAAGCCAAGAUCUACUGCCCCGCCCCUUCCUUGAAGCCCCGCCCUCUCUAUUCUCCUCCUCUCCAUCACUUGCUAUCCCCAAUCCUUAUACUGCUAAAUUCCCACCAUUCCUCGCAGCGACUCACCUGUGCUGUUGCUUGCUGAGUAGCUGCUCCUCAAAUGAGGAAAUCUAAUAUAAAUGUACUGCACAGGUGCGCAGUUCAGAGAGGGCUCAAGAGCUACUCUUAGAGCCUCCGAGAUCUACCGGUAGAUCGCGAUCUACUGGUUGGUGACCAUGGCUGUAGAACCUCUGUGCCCUUUGCAAGGCAGCGGAUGCUUCAUUGCGGAAGAGCUUGAGUGUGAGGCAGCAACGCUGGGAGAGGCGCUCCUUUCCUCAUGCCAAUGCUGGCUGUGCCAUGCUGCUCUGUGGGGUGCUCUGUCUGGUGGCCCUUGGUGCCACCCUGAGGGCGUACACUUGCAGGCAAAGGGUUGAUCAUAAGUGAAACACAAGUUUUGCACCUCAGUGAGAGAUCUGGGAGGAAGAUGCUGGAAAUGCUCUGAAGGUGCCUGUCUCCUCCUCCUCAGAACAGGGCUGGCCUGAAACGCAAGCACCCAGGUGUGGCCCCAGUUGCCUGGAAUAGUGGUGGAAUUACAAGAUCUAAUUCCUCUUUGGCAACUGGGUGCCCUGGAAAUCCUCAUUGCAUCUGGCUGAGAAUGUCCUGGCUGUUUUCUGCAAGAGAAGGUGUUUUGCACUGAAUUACUGGAGAGAGCGAGGCUGGAUGUCAGUUUGAGCUGGUGUGAAUCAGCAUCUCUCAGACUCCAGUGGAGCGAUUCUGGUUUACACCAGCUGUGAUGAGGGAGAGUAAGAAACGUUCUCCCCAGAUUCAGAUUUCAGCUCCUUCCUUGCCGUUCCACCUGGAUCCAUUUUUCUGUGUUCCAGCCUUAAAGUCACUGCAUGUCAGUAGUGGGUGAGGUGUGUAGCUUUCCCCAUCAAUUUGUAAAAUGCUUUGGGAGGAAAGGAGCAAGAGAAAUGCAAGCCAUUAUUGAUCUAGACACUCUGUUGUAAAUGUAAGACAAAAACAAUGUGUUAAUUAGUCUGAAAUUACUCAAUUUGAACAGCCCUCUUCUCUUUGUAAAGAAAAAUAAACCUUUGCCUAGAGGAA